AUGGAAAUGUCUGAAGACGUGGCGCCUGGCGCGGAACGCGCAGGCGUCCUUUGUGGAGACGAGUUUUGCGAGGAGUAUGUCGCUUCUCAGGACUCAGACGCGCGCGGGAACUCGCCCUCGCGCCGCUGCGGCACUCUUGCAGCAGAACGAGAAGUCACCAUGGGGGACGCGAGCGACGAAGCGACCCAGCCGGGGGACCGCUGCGUCGUGGCGGCAGCCGAGAAUGCGCCUUGCGUCUCCUCUGCUCCAGUCCUGUGCAUGCAUCCAGGCAACGGGCGCUUCCCGACGGCGGACUCUUCCCAAGGCGCGCAUGCUGCAGAGCACGCCUCUGGCUCGGGAGGCGACGACACUCGAAGGGCACUAGUGCCUGACGCAUGCGCGGCUGCAGAUGGGGACGCGCCCAUCAGCGCUCUGGCGCCAACUGUUCACAAAGGCCCGGCGGCCGCUCAGAUGACUGCCGCCCGCGCGCAUGCAGCGAGCGCCUGCGGUGCGCCCACACUCCACGCUGUCGUCGGAGACCGCGCCUCGAUCGCUGCUCCCGGCGCGCCGUCCCAUGCGCAGAAGUCGGCUCCGCGGGGCAUUUGCGCGGCCGCCAAGAGCAUUGUGCGGAACUCGGGCUGCAGCCGGCCGUCGCCGCUCUCCAGCGCGCCUCCGACCGCGGCGGGGGGAGGCGGCGUGUGCCCCAGAGGCCAGCGGGACGGGUCAGGUGCCCCGGGCGGCGACGCCGAGCGGAGGCCAGCGACCCCGGGGGGCGAACUCGCCAACAGCCUUGCGGAGUCCCCCCGCAACCCGAGCAGCCGCGAACUAGACCAGGGCGUUCCAGAGCUCAUCGGGGGGUCAUCUGCCCCGCACGCAUCUGGAAGUGUUGGCGAGUACGAUCGAGUGAGCGAAGGGAGUGAGGCGGCGGACAAGAGGGACGGGCGGGAGUGUGACAAAGCUUUCAGUGGAGAAAGCCUGUCAAAGGACGGCAAGAAAAAGGCGUCAGGGUUUUCGACGUCGCUCUCUUCUUCCCGUUCGUCCUCCGUCGCAGCGCCCUCGCGAGGGGGCGACGCAGGCGCCAAGAAGCGAAAGGGAGCAGGCGACGCCGCGAGUCUCCCUCGUGCGGGGGGGGUUAGGCGCCCUUCGCUGUCGAAGAGCAGGAGGAGCGGUGUCGUGGCGUCUGGGUCGUCACGCCGUGACCGCGACGAAGAGGACUACGCCUCCUUGUAUUACGCGUUGCCUGGACAAGUAAAAAAGAAGAUGAAACGCACCGCUGGCGACGCGCUAGGCGUGCCUGCCUUUGCGUCUCCCCGCCUCCAGACGACGCCUUCGCCAUUCCGCCGGCUAGCGUCCAAGAAGGUCGCCUCCGCGUCGUGCCUCCUCGCGCGCAAGUACGAAGAAAGCUCGCCAUACGCCGGAGGCGACCACGCGUCUCACAGUCAUCAUUACUACCACUGGCUCGCUGCAUCGCACGCGUCGGGAGGCUCGGGAGCCCACAGCGGGCUCGCGGGCGGCGGGGGGUUAGGGCCCGCGGGCGGCGGGCGAAGCGGCGGUCUCAGCGAGAAAGUGAGGAAGCUGGUGGAGCAAACGAUGUCUGAGAAGCACAGGGUCGUCUGGAUCGAACGAGGCGAGGCCAAAGGCUUCCUCCCUCUCCCAGGCAUGCAAGAAGAGCGCGUCUACCUCGUCUGGACGGAAAAAGGAAUCGACAUCCUUGCCGAUGUGCAGGCGUACAUCCCCUGGACGCACUGCCCCGUGCUGAUGCCGACAAAGUACCGCCGCAAUCAAAUUCCGUUCCUCGUUCUCUCUUCAACGUCUGUGGCCUUGUUGUUUUCUCACGUCUGUCGCCGGAGUGCGACGGCGGUCUAUCGGUUGCCCCUGCCGCGAACGCCGCAGGCCUACCGCAAGCACGUACUCAAUCUCCUUCGCACGGAGGAGCCCGAGAAGCCUGCUUCUCAGCCCUCGAAAAGUCAACGAAGACGGUCUCCCUGCUCGUCUCCGUCGCCAAACGGCCGCUCAAAGUUAGCUUCUGCACCGGCCGAAGCGAAGUCGCCCUCAGAAGACGCGGGCUCGACCGCCGAGCCCAAGCCGUCACCUGCGCCGAGCCCGCACAGCGGCACUUCGCCGUCGGCGUCUUCCUCGCGGCCGUUUCGACUCUCUGCCGCGUCUCCACAGGAGGCUACCGCGGAUGCUGCGGCGCCUGCUGUCCCUGUGUCUUCCCCGGACCAGGGGGGGGGGCGCCCCCCCCUCAAGUCCGAGGGCGGCGCCGCUUCGCCGCCGGCCUUCUUCCUGCCUUCAGCGCUGACCACGGCUGCGUCGCUGUCUUCCUCGCUGGGCUCCGCGUCGCCGACGCCGACCGAAGGCCCGCUGCUGGAAAGCGCAGGGUCGGGUGAGAAGGAGAGCGAAAAACCUGACCUGAGCAUGCCCCGGCCGUCUCCCGACGCGCGCGAGCCAGUCAAGGCGCAGACGGGCCCAGACGGCGAGGGCCCCCAAGGGACGCCGACCGCCGGCGCGAAAGAAAAAAAGCCGGAGGGGGAGGCCGCCAAGGCAGAAGAGGACAGCGCGGCGCGCGUGAAGGCGGAGCUGCAGGGAGACCAGCCAAGCACGGGCGAGGCUCCAAAGGAAACGAAAGAUCGAGAGAUGCAGCGAGAAGGCGAAGGCCCUCCUCCCAGGUCGAGUUCUGCACCCACGAGUCAGUUGUCGCCCAAGUCUACCGCAACCGCGGCUGCCUCUUCACCGCCGUCCUCUCGGAUGGCUCGCGGCGGAGGUGCUGGACGGGCCCAACGGGGCGGUCAAGGGGCCUCGAAGGAGGGCGAGAGGGACGCCGCAGAGAGCGGCACGCCGGGCGAGGAGGUGGCAGACGACGAAGACCUCUUUUGGGCGAACGGAGGCAAGAAGGGCUUCCCCCUCACUGCGGUGGACAUGCGCGACUUCUACUGCUGCUCCCAAGGCAAAGUGAUUGGCGAGGACUACGUUUACUUCCGGCAGUACCUUCCCGACGACGAAGGGGCGGACAUCUACGACCUCCACGUCUCCAUUCGCAAACGCCCCAAGAAGCUCCUCCUAAAGAAGCCCCGGGUGCCCUCGAGCAGCGCCAGCUUCUCCGCUGGAGCGGGUGCGCAGAAGCGCCUUGAAGAGAGUGACGCGCCGCUCGCUUCUUCGCCCGGAGAUCUGUCCUCGGCCUUCGCGGCCUCGUCCCCAGACCUCGCGAGCUCAGGCUCCAGCGGGGUCGCGGCUGGAGGAGACAGUCUCCUCGAGGACACGUUGGCGCAUGGCGGCGCGGGCGCGGCGCCCGAGGGAGGCGAGGGCGGAGGCAGCAAGGUUGACUCAGGCGCAGCCACGGCGGCGCCUGACGCCUCGAAGGCGUCGCCGGCACAGCUCCUGCGGUUGCUUAUGGCUCCAAACCCAGGCGGCGCAGUCGAAGCGGGUGAAAAGGAGGCCAAAGAAGAGGGCGGCGACAGCGGCUCUUCUGCAACGUGGAAAAACUGGACCUACGUGGACGACUACGGCGAAGACGGAAUGGACGCGGCUCUCAAGUUGCCAUUUUCGUUCACCUCGGAAGUUCGGGUGCUCCUAGGCCUCGCCACCAGUCCCACGCCGCACAGAUGCAACAUGUCACUGGCGAGUCACCGAGUCGCGGGCGCAGUCCAGCGCAAGAUUCGCAUGUACCAGUGCUCUGCGGACGGCGAGACGCGCGGCGAGCAAGUCGACCCGUUCGAGCCCGAGGCGCCUUCAUCACGCGUUUCGACUUCAGGGGACGACGGCGACGAGGAAAGGGAAGACGCGGAGACCGCGAAGGACGGCGAAGAGAAAGCGGGGAAGGGGGACGCCUCAGAAGCGGAGAUUGCGGCUGCGCGGCCGUCGGGUACGGCGGAAGAAGAGGCGAAGGCAUCCGCGCAGGAAUCCCCCGAGGGAGCUGCGCCGCCCGCCCCCUCGGUCAAGCAGGGCGAACAGGCUGGCGCGGGUGCCGAUGUGGAGCUGUCCAGUGGAAGAGACGGCAGCGAAGCCGGAGAGGAUAAAAGAGCGCCAGAAGACGAAGCGAAGGAGGCGGCGGGAGCGGAGAAAGGGGCAGAGACCGGGGACGAGGACAUGGAACGCGAAGCUGCUGAGAAAACGGAUUCAGAAGAAGAAGACGACGAGCAACAGAAGAAGCGACGCAGCGAAACAGAGACCUUUGCGAUCUCCUCGCACGACCUCCCCAACGGAAGCCUCGCGGAAAUCGACUAUCCAACCGAGUUCACUCAGUUCCGCGAGGCGGAUCGCAUCCGAAUCUACGACCGAGACUUCGUCGCCAGGGCUCUCAAGCUCAUCGUCGAUGUUGCGCUUGUUUCUGGGGGGGCGGAUCUGUCGGCAGUCAAUUUGGCGCAGUACGCGCCGAAUUUGUUUUGGAACAUCAUUCGCUUCAGCGGGGGCAACAAAGACAUCGACGAGGUGGUGCGGACGAUCGCGCCGUCCGUGGCGUCGCUGCGGAGUGCACGCGGUCGGCGGAAGCGCGAGCUCGAGAGCUCCUCCUUCGCGACGCUCUCCUCUGGGCGGCUGGGCGCCGCGGCCCGCCGCGGAGACCGCAGCCUGCAUGACGACUUUCUCGGCGCCGGCCGCUGGGUGAAGAAGAACAAGGCGGCGGACGCCGCCGCCUUCUCCCUCGAGGACUGGCUAGCAGGCAACGGAGACGAUUCGCGAAGGAGCGCAGCCGAGCGCGCCGAGACGGGAGUCGACAAGGCGAAGCAGCGCGAGGAGAAGCGGCAGAAGGAGCUCGAAGAACGCUUUCUGGAAAUGAAACACGAAUUCGAAGAAAAGGCCCGAAAUAUGAUCGCGAGGCGCUUGGCGUUGAAGGACGAGAUGCACAGCGACGGAAAGGGCUCGAAGAAGAGAGUUCCUUCUUUGCCGGAGAACGACGACCGCGCCCUCGUGAACUUGAUUAUUGAUCCUGAACAGGGCAUCCUCAAAUGGCCGCUGUCGCUGAUGAGCAUCCGCCAGCGGAACGUGAUCUACCAGGAGUGUCUCCGGCGCGACUUGACUGCCUGCAUCCGCUUGACCAAAGUCCCAGGGAAGGGUCGCGCCGUGUUCGCCGCAGACACCAUCCUCAAGGAUGAUUUCGUCGUCGAAUACAAAGGCGAGCUCUGCUCCGAGCGAGAGGCGCGCGAGCGAGAGCAACGCUACAACAGAUCCAGAGUCCCGAUGGGGAGCUUCAUGUUUUACUUCAAGAACGGCUCCCGAAUGAUGGCGAUCGACGCGACCGACGAGAAGCAAGACUUUGGCCCUGCCCGUCUCAUCAAUCACUCUAGAAAAAACCCAAAUAUGACUCCGAGAGCGAUCAUGUUCGAUGACCUCAGCAGCGAGCCGCGGCUGAUUUUCGUCGCCAGACGAAACAUAGAAAAAGAUGAGGAACUGCUGGUUGACUACGGCGAGCGCGACCCCGAUGUGAUCAAGGAGCAUCCCUGGCUGAACAACUGA